UAUUUAUUCGGUGUGUUUUUUUAUUCUAACUACAAGUGUUCAGAAGUAUUGCAUUAUCAAUCAGCCGUCCGCGUCCAUUCAUUGACGAUCACUAUUUAGAAAGAUACUGGUUUACGUUUUCUUUGUAUUAAAUCAACAUCUGGUGGCUUGGAAAUACCGAUAAGAAUGCAUCGACGAGUUGACUCUGUUUUCAGUACCGCCUGAGGAAUUAACUUUAUUCGUUCAAUUCAAAGGCUUGGAAUCUUCAAAAAGUAGAAGUUGUUUUGCCUUCACGGCUAAGAGUCUUAUUUAACUGAAUCGUCCAUGUAAUAAAGCUGUCAAAAUAUGCAGCUUGUUGUCGCUUCUAUCAACAAUUAAAAAUCGAUUUUGUUAAAUUCAAAGUUAAUAAGACAAGACUUCACUAGAACAAAAUUUGGAGAUCUUCAAAUUUACAUUAAGAACGGUUAUAUUUCAUGACUUUUGAAAAUUUGAUAACGCAGGCCAAAAAAGGGUUUUAAAUAUUGAAAUAGUCUUCCAGGCUGAAACUAUGAACAAGCAGGUCAUGAUGAUAAAAAAUAAAAAUAAAAUUUCUAGAGUCCUGUCAACUUAAGGAGACUUGUACAAUUUGUUGGUCAUUAUUAUAACCUAUUGUUUCUUCUCGAAAACAAAUAAACAAACAAACAAAAUCGACUCGAUUACACGCGCUUCCUUCUAGAAAGGUCCUCGCAAAAAUUUCCACACUUAAUAUACAUUUCUCCAGAUUUCUACUUAAGAUUUGUGUUUUGUUUUGUCACCAUAGCAACUGUAAAAUAAAUAAUCCGUGAGCGGUAGGUGCACCUGUUACGGUAUUGUAUUACACGAGCAUAAUGUGGAUAUUUAUAUUGCUUUAUUCCACACCAUGCCAUCUCUUUAGCAAUGCUGAUAUCCCUCAAAGUAAGAUUAAAUCAGGGUAGUAGCGAACAAAGAAGGCACUUAUUAUCCUUGUGAACAAGGUCGAGAGGAAGAAGAGUUUAAGACUUGUUACAUGUAGCAAAACGACUCAUUGAUUUGAUCAUGGAUGGAAGKCAUGACUUUGGAAGGAAGUUUCCGCCAAGAAGUAAGUUCAAUGACGAGGAAGCUACCGCAGUUUUGAGGCUGAUAAUUGAACAAGAAAAGCUGCUUAAAAACGCCAAUGUCAGUCCACUAUUAAACGUCUCAUCCAAUAGACUACAACGACUACCGCCUUUGAACGMAAAGCGCUCUGAAUCUUUGGAUGAAAAUGAACUUGAAAACGUGCGGACUCGAAAGUCGUCGGGACAAGACGAACCUGGUUCAGAACUGUUUUUUAACAAACCUACAUUAUUAACGAAAAAGGAUUUACACGUUAGUGAUAAUACUGGAACUUUACCCGGAAAACCUGCACGGAUUCCUGACAUAUACAGUAGCCCUAAGAUUGCUAGGCAUCGUGAUCGUAGCGAUAGGCCUAAAGGUUCGUAUGGUAGAACUAGACACAGGUCGCCCGAACCUGACACGAACGCUUUUGAUGAAGAACCUAAUGCUCAUGAGAACGGCUACACGUCCAUAGAUUCUGGAUAUCUUGACGAAGGAGAAAACAAGAUCUCCUCGAAAUCAUUUUCCCCUUCUUAUAUCAACUAGAAAAAGUAUAUUUUAUACAUAAAGACGUUUUAGACUGUAUCAAGGUAGAGACAAAUGUUUUUAAGCGAGAUCUUCGCUCCAGCACAAUAGACAUUUCACUUUCAAUAGAUUGGAUUAUCCAUUGAAGUAUUAAUUACUGCAAGAAAAGGACAUUUUAGAGAUGCUUUUAUUGUGUAUAAUGAAACGGGAAAUACUAUAAAAAAGGCUCAAUUGUUGCCAGACGAUAAAUAUUAAAAAAAUCAAUUUUACAAGUAUUAGUACAGGAAACUAGCGUUUGGUUGGGAGCUGAAUCAACAUACGACCAUGUGCGUUCGAGAGCUUUCUUUUGUCUUUUUAUAUUACAGCCUGACAGCUUAUACACUACCUGACAGUCAUCUAUUAAUUUAUUUAUCAGUCGAAAAAAAUAAAUUGGGUAUAAAUUAUAUAUCACUCCCAAUGUAAAUGAUAAAAGAACAGAAACAGCUAUACCAUGAAUACUAUUUAGCAUACUUCUAUUAGUGAUUGUAAAAUAUACCGCUUCCCCGCGGUUUUUCAACAGAAAUAAAGACUCGAUGUCUGCAAAAAUAA